CCAUUUCCACAAAGCCAUCUCGAAUUAGAAUUAGGUUGGGAAGAAGGAUUUUCUCAUGAAAGUAGUUGCAAAUGUUCAAUCUUGUUUUUUGCUGUUGACAGUCUCUCGUUGAGCAUUAUCCCAAAAAUUAAGGGGGAAGAAAUUUCGUGUUUAUCUAACAAAAAGAAAACAUAUGAAUAUUUAAAGCCUCAUGUUAAUGUUGCUACAUUAGGACAUGUCGAUCAUGGUAAAACUACUUUGACUUCGGCAAUUACUUACGUUCUAGCGAGAGAAAAUAAAGCAAAGUUUCGAAAAUAUGAUGAGAUUGAUAAAGCACCCGAAGAAAGAGCUCGGGGAAUUACUAUUAGUGUUGCUCACAAUGAAUUUGAAACUGACACUAGACAUUAUUCUUUAAUUGAUUGUCCAGGGCAUGCAGAUUAUAUUAAAAACAUGAUUACUGGUGCUGCUCAAGCUAAUGGCGGAGUUUUGGUAAUCGACGCCAGUCAAGGUCAGCAAGAACAAACCAGAGAACAUCUUCUUCUUGCUAAACAAGUUGGAGUGGAUAAGUUGGUUAUUUUUGCUAAUAAAACUGAUUUGGUGACCGAUAAUGAAAUGCUAGAAUUGGUAAAAGAAGACAUCAAAGACUUAUUGGAAAAGUAUGGAUUUGAUAAAAAUUCACCAAUUGUUUUUGGUUCUGCCAAAAAGGCCUUAGAAGAAAAUCCUGGACCAAACGAGCCACUUGGUUACUAUCAAAGUCAAAUUAAAGAAUUAACUGCUAAAAUUGAUGAAUUUAUCCCUACUCCCCCAAGUGAUGAAGAUAAACCUUUCUUAAUGUAUAUUGAAGAUGUUUUUACUAUCACUGGACGAGGAACCGUGGUAACUGGUAGAGUAGAAAGAGGGACUCUCACCCCAGGCAAUGAGGUAGAAAUCUUAGGAAUGGGGAAAGCAACAAUUAAAACUAAAGUCACUAGUGCCGAAAUUCAUAACAAAGUAUUGAAAGUGGUUAAGCCAAAUUUAAAUGCUGCUCUUCUUUUGCAGGGAAUUAAACGGGAACAAGUAGAAAGAGGAAUGGCUGUGUCCAAACCAGGUAGUAUUAAUGUUCACAAAAAGUUCGAAGCCCAAGUUUAUGCUUUAACCAAAGAUGAAGGUGGUCGCCAUAGUGAAUUUGAAGAAGGUUAUAAACCACAAUUUUAUUUCUAUACUGCUGAUAUAUCUGGGACUAUUAAAUUGCCUGAGGGGAAAAAGACUGUCAACCCUGGGGAUAAUUUGAGUUUAACGGUAGAACUAAUUCAGCCGGUGGCAGUUGAGACUAAUAGCACUUUCUCUAUUCGAGAAGGUCGAAAAACAGUCGGCAAAGGAAUCGUCACUAAAAUUAUUGAAUAA